AUGGGUCUCCUCGUGUACGAAAAAGUGGAUAUACCGACUUCUACUUCGGUUGAAAAGGGCUUGAUGAAGACGAUGAAAAAAUUAUUCGUGAUGAAAAGAUUUAAUGGUCAGGAUUUUCUUGACUUGACCCAAGACGAGCUUGAACGCCAUGGAAUGAAAUUGGGGCCGGCAAAUAGACUCGUAAAGUUCGCUAAAGGCUAG